AUCAUCUGCUCUUUUGGCGAUCAGGAUCUGGGAUGUUCUGAAACGCACUUCAUAAAAUGUGGUGGUCGACUCUCACUUGGGGCUCUCCACAAGGUUCACCUUAUAUAUCGUUCCGUGGUCCACGAUGAAACCAGCGCCAAGCAAGCCACUGAACAACUCGAGUCACUUCUCCAAGCCCCUCCUUUGUAUUCCAUUUUCUUUCGAUGUUUUCUGGCGUUCUGCUUAUCGGCGCUAAUUUGUCCACUGGCUUUUGGUGGUUCGUUUCUUGACAUGUGGAUUGCAGGAGCAGCUGCUUUUCUACUUGCCGUCUUACAGCUUUGUGUUGCAAAUAAAAGUGCUUUAUAUGCAAACGUUUUUGAGCAAGUGAUCACAAUUUCGAUUUUCGUAUCUUUCGUCGCUCGAGGCCUGAGUAGCAUUCGUAGCCGGAUUUUCUGUUACACCGCAAUCUCUUCCUCAGGCAUUAUCGGCAUUUUGCCUGGGUAUCUUAUUCUUAGUAGUUCUCUGGAACUCGCGUCAAAAAAUAUCGUUUGUGGAAGCGUAAAAAUGGUUUAUGCUCUUAUUUACACAUUAUUUCUGGGUUUUGGAUUGCAGAUCGGGAACGAUUUCUAUCUCCUUCUCGAUCCACAAACUCGUUGUUAUCGACCCAAUUCUUUUCCUUUAUAUCUGCAACCAUUCCCCACCUGGACUGCCGCAAUAAUUGUUCCGCUGUUCUCGACGUUGUCGUCGCUUGCAAAUCUUCAACCUCUGAGAAGCAAACAGCUUCCAGUCAUGGUCAUCAUAUCCUGUUUUUCGUACGCAUCCAACAAAAUUGCGAACCAUUAUAUUUUCAAUCGCUCGGAUGUAGUUUCUGCCAUUGGUGCCUUCACAGUCGGUCUUCUGGGCAAUGUAUAUUCGCGCAAGAUGGGCGGGACUGCUUUUACGUCGAUGGUGACCGGGGUGCUCUUUUUGGUUCCAUCAGGGCUGUCACAAGCCGGAGGGAUCACUGCUAAUGGCAAUGGUAUUGACAUUGGAGGGGCUAUGAUUGCGGUCACUAUCGGGAUCACUGUAGGUCUUUUCAUGAGUCAGGCGUUAGUUUAUACCUUUGGAUCGCGAAAG